AACACAAUAUAAUAGUGUACAAAAUACAAUAUAACACAACAAAAGUAUAUCAGUUGGUGUGUCCUUAAGUCAAUCUGACAGUUUUCUACUGGCCAGUUUAUUACUACAACAUGGUAAAAACCUGAAAUUAUAGCUUUUAUUUUUUGGUGUGCCCCCUCAAGGUUUUAAGUGGCCCCAUUUGGCCACCCCUAUGAAGAAUUUCUGGAGGCGCCACUGAUUUGGAAUUGGCAGUAUAGCGCUACUCCAAAACCUUGUGGUUGUUUCAUGAUUUUCUUGCCUGUGAGUGAACGAGGGCAGGUGGGUUCCAUUUACGUCUUUCCCUCCGCCCUCCAAGUGGCUUCUGUGUGACGUCAUAGCAGGUGCUUAGGGCAAGUGAGCGAGGGCAACUCAAAACGUGAUUGGAACGCAGCCAGUGUGUCCCUGCUGGGUGCGGGUAGUGGGGCGCCAUUUUUCAUUUCGCAUACCCUAACAAGAAUGGGUAUUAUUAGUAGAUUUUAGGAAAAAAAUAUACAGUAUAAUUUUCCUGGUCGGAGGUUGGAAAACUCUGGCUUCCCACUUUCAUCGAACGCAGCAAAAACAGUGGCUCGUUUUUCCUCUUUGUUCUCUUUGUCUUUGAUCUCAGUCACUUAACUGAAGUCACUUUAUUGUAGCCCUGUUUGCCGACCAAUAACAUCGACAUGCCGUCAAGCAUUCAGAAAUCAAGCGAGUAAAAUGUCAGCGAGAACGACACCGGCUGCAGUAAAAGAGGAGCCUCUGCGUCAGCAACCCUCGACUGUGUGCAAAAUAAUGCACGCAAAGGUUGUUCUUCACAGACUAGAAGAUCUAAAUGUCACCCAAGCCCAUCGUCCUGAGCAGCAGAAGUCUGCAUGCAUCAAGAAGGAGGAGCAGGAAGAGUCACCGUACAUCAAGGAUGAGGAAGAGUCCGUAUCCAUUCAAGGUUUUAGCAAAUAUCUUGAGUGGCCGCAGUCUGAGUCUCCUGGCUUUAAAGAGAAAGUCGAGCCCCCGAAUAUGAAACAGGAAGAGCCAGAGCACCCUCAACAGCAAAAGAGAGAAGUACAACUUCCAAUCAAAAAAGAGGAGGUAGAGACUCGUGAGCCCUUGAGGAGUGAUGAUGAUCCGAGUGAGGCCAGCAGAAGGGCGGAGCCUUCAAGCUGCAGCAGCAGCUCAAUAGAAGGAUUGCAAAGUGACAUUUUCAUCGCUCCGUCAGACAGAAAUAGCACCAUGUCAAACUCAACUUACAAUGAUGAUGGUCACAAGAAAUCUCAUCGUGAAGACAAACUCUGCAAACGCUCUCAGUAUGGGAAAACCUUUGCUAAUAACUAUACUUGUCGCACGAAUAUGAGGAGCCACACUGGUGAAAUACCUUUUGUCUGUUCAGUUUGUGGUAAAAAAUUCACUCGAAAGAGUAGCUUAAACAGUCACACAAGAUCCCACACUGGUGAAAAACCUUUUUCCUGCUCCGUUUGUGGUCGAGGAUUCACUCAAAUUCAACACUUAAAAAUACACACAAGAACACACACUGGCGAAAAACCUUUUUCCUGCUCGGUUUGUGGUAAAAAAUUCACUCAAAAGAGUAGCUUAAACACACACACAAGAAACCACACUGGUGAAAAACCUUUUUCCUGCUCAGUUUGUGGUCAAAUAUUCACUCUAAAGCAACACUUAAUUGUACACAUAAGAACACACACUUGCGAAAAACCUUUUUCCUGCUCAGUUUGUGGUGAAAAAUUCUCUGAAAAAGGCAACUUGAAAAGACACACAAGAACCCAUACUGGUGAAAAACCUUUCGUCUCCUCAGUUUGUGGUCAAGGUUUUAAUCGUAAGCAAAACUUAAACAUACACAUGAGAACCCACAAUGGAGAAAAACUAUUUUCCUGCCCAGUUUGUGGUCAAGGAUUCGCUCAAAUUCAAUACUUAAAAAUACACAAAAGAACACACACUGGCGAAAAACCUUUUUCCUGCUCAGUUUGUGGUAAAGAAUUCACUCAAAAGAGUAACUUAAACACACACACAAGAACCCACACUGGUGAAAAACCUUUUUCCUGCUCAGUUUGUGGUCGAGGAUUCACUCGAAUUCAACACUUAAAAAUACACAUAAGAACCCACACUGGCGAAAAACCUUUUUCCUGCUCAGUUUGUGGUCAAGGGUUUGCUUGGAAAUAUCAGAUUAAGAGACACGUGUGUGUCUAACAUGUGCUUUGUCCAAUCCUUGUAUCAUGUGGAUCCAGACUAUAGUACUGGCUCACCUGACUUAACUGUCGAGUUAAGUGGCAUUUUUGAUUCAAUACUCCCCCUCUUUCAAACGACACUUUUCACAGUUAAUAUUUGAAACAUUAGAUCCCAAAUUACAACAAUUCUGAAUCAUCAAUAAAUAGUAUAAUUACAUCAAUAUAGAAAA